AUGAGUUCAAACGCCUGCUGGAGUGGCGUGAAACGGUCUUCGGUGCUUCGCCCAGGUUCCGCAGCCGACAGCUACAUGUACGCAACUCCGGGGUCCGCACCGGGGAUCUCGGCUGGCGCGUCGCGCGCGCUGCUGGACUCCUCGCUACUCCCCGCCUCGCAUACACCGCCUUCGGUCGGCGGGACUGGGGUGCUAGGGGCUGCAGGCACGAGCGUCGCCUCGGCUCCGGUGCCGCCCGCAGACCUGCUCUACGCGCCUGCGCUCGGCGCCGCCUCGGCGCUGCGGAGCGCCGCAAGCGGGAGAGGCAGAGAGACGGGCGGGACUGGGAGUUUUUUUUUCCGGCGGCAGCGUCGGCGGGCUGCUCACGAGCAGCGGCGGCGCGCUCACCUCCUCCUCGCGGCCGUCUGCGGCUUCGCUGCUCACCGCGGCCGCCCCCGCGCGCGGCGGCUCGGGAAUGCAGACGCCCUCGGGAGUCCGAGGCGCCUGUGCGCCGCUCCGCGCGCUGCCGACCGGGGCGGGGACGGCGAUGAGCGGCAGCUCCAGUGCGGGAGACAACCUUUUGCUGCGCUCGACCGCGACGGCGGCAUGUCGCCCUUCACGAGCGACGCGAGAGGAGACACAGACGGCGAAAACUCGAGCGGCGGCGGCGGCGCCUCCUUCGCCUCGACGGAGGACUUUGAGAUCAUGGUCGGCGACCUGAGGCGGACGUUCAUUGGCUGGCUAAAAAAGACAGAAAGCGACCUGAGGAAGGAGAAGCGCGACUUGACUCGCGCGCGAAAGGAGUUCGAAGAAGAACGAAAGAAAGCUUGGGAAAGACUUCAACAAGAAAAGGACAACGAAUACGAAAAAAUCAAGGCAAGUCGCAAAGGCAAGAAGACAACAACUCACCUAUAA